AAGCUCAUUUUACCAUUUUAAUUUACCUAUAUUUUAAUUACUUUCCAUGCACCAAACGUAACAAACUCUUCACCUCUCCCACUCUUUAUUCCCACCCCAAUAUUCUCCAAAUCCUUUCAUCUCAUUCUCACACAAACCAUAAUUCUCACACAAACAAACAACAUCAUGUUAAUCAAACAACAUCAAAUCAAACUACCAAUGAUCCUAAACGCAAUCCUUAUGUUUUUCUACAUCACUCUUUCACUGAUCAACACCGUUGAAUCAAGAAAACUUGACGAGACAGCAACAGUGCCUACACCAAACAAUACUGAUGUAAAGUGUGCACCAUCAUGUGGUGGCUACGCUCCACCACCGCCUCCGCCUCCACAAAACUGUCCUCCACCACCCUCACCACCACCGCCGUCUCCAAAGAAACCACCCUCAUCACAAAACUGUCCCCCACCACCCUCACCGUCUUCCUACAUAUACAUAACCGGUCCUCCGGGGAACUUGUAUCCCAUCGAUGAGAAUUUCAGCGGAGUCAACCACCGCCACCACCGGAGUCUCGCCGUUAUAUUGUUGUCACUCGCGGUUGCUUGUUUGGGCGUGAUUUCUAUUUAGCGACCAUACACGGUGGAAGGAUUUUUAUGGUUUCUAAUUUUCUAUAGUUAUAAUUAGUUAAGAGUAUCGAAAUUUUACAGAAGGUAACAUGAAAAUUCUGUAUUCAGUGAUUAGUGUUUGACACGUUAUGUUCUGUUUCUGUUUUCUAUGUUAUGUAAUCACAAUUUGUUUCAUAUUAACAAUUUAAGAUUAAAGUGCUGUGUAAUUUUCUGAUA